GGCUCGGAGGCGGCUCCUGCAGGCGGAAGCCACCGCUUCUGGGCGAGAAGCGACGUGCGGUGCGGGAGCCCGGGCCCCGGCCCGGCGGCCGCGCACGAUGCGGCUGGGCUCCGGAAGCUUCGCCGCCUGCUGCAUAGUGAUCGAGGUGCUGGGGGUCGCGCUCUUCCUCCGGGGGUUCUUCCCGGCUCCCGUGUGCGCCCCCGCCGGGACGGAGCACCAGGCCGAGUACCCGGCGCCCGAACCCUCGGCUGGAGCCAGUUCCAACUGGACCAAGCUCCCACCACCUCUCUUCAGUAAAGUUGUUAUUAUGCUGAUAGACGCCUUGAGAGAUGAUUUUGUGUUUGGGUCAAAGGGUGUGAAAUUUAUGCCCUAUACAACUUAUCUUGUGGAAAAAGGAUCAUCUCACAGUUUUGUGGCUGAAGCAAAGCCACCUACAGUUACUAUGCCUCGAAUCAAGGCGCUGACGACGGGGAGCCUCCCUGGCUUCAUCGAUGUUGUCAGGAACCUCAAUUCUCCGGCACUGCUGGAAGACAACGUGAUCACGCGCGCAAAAGCAGCUGGGAAAAGAAUCAUCUUUUAUGGAGAUGACACAUGGGUGAAAUUAUUCCCAAAGCAUUUUGUGGAGUACGAUGGGACAACCUCUUUUUUUGUAUCAGAUUAUACAGAGGUGGAUGAUAAUGUUACAAGGCAUUUGGAUAAAGUGUUAAAAAGGCGGGAUUGGGAUGUGCUGAUCCUCCACUACCUCGGGCUGGACCACAUCGGCCACGUCUCUGGGCCCAACAGCCCCCUGGUCGGGCGCAAGCUCGGUGAGAUGGACAGCGUCCUGAUGAAGAUACACACCUCGCUGCUCUCUGAGGAGAGAGAGACUCUGCUACCCAGCCUGCUGGUUCUCUGUGGCGAUCACGGCAUGUCUGAAGCGGGGGGUCACGGGGCCUCCUCUGUGGAGGAGGUCAACACCGCUCUGGUCGUCAUCAGUUCUGCAUUCGAAAGGAAGCCUGGUGACAUCCGACACCCAAAGCACGUUCAACAGACUGACCUGGCUGUGACGCUAUCAGUAGGGCUCGGUCUGCCAAUUCCAAAGAGCAGCGUUGGCCGCCUUAUGUUCCCAGUUGUGGAAGGAAAGCCCAUGCGGGAACAACUGAGAUUUUUACAUUUAAACGCAGUGCAGCUCAGCAGGUUGUUGCAGGAGAACGUUCCAUCAUAUGAGAAAGAGCCUGGAUUUGAGCAGUUUAAGGUGUCGGAAAGGUUGCACGGGAAUUGGAUCAGACUGUACUUGGAAGAAAAUAACUCGGAGGUCCUUUUCAACCUGGGAACCAAGGUUCGCAGGCAGUACUUGGACGCCCUGAGGACCCUGAGCCUGUCCCUGAGCAGACAAGCGGCCCAGUAUGACGUCUAUUCCAUGGCGCUGGGGACUGUCCUGGUCCUGGAGGUCCUCGCCCUGCUCCUGCUCGGCGUCCCACAGGCGCUGAGUGGCCGGGCGGAGCUGGACGUCCCUCUGCUGUCGCCCGUGUCCUCCCUGCUCUUCUACCUGCUGCUCCUGGUUCUUGCGGCGCUUCACGUCACCGUGUGCACCUCUGCCAACGGUUCGUGCUACCUGUGCAGCCUCCCGUGGCUGAUGGCAGGCGGGGUGAUGGUGCUGAUCUCCGCUCUGCUCUGCGCGGUCUUGUCUGCUCUCGCCAGGAUGGCUGCCAGCAGAAAGCAUCUGAGUCAGACCCCACCGCAGUCCAGCUCACGGUGGUCGGAGCUAGAUCUCCUCAUCUUGCUGGGGACCGUGGGCCACGUGCUGAGUCUGGGCGCCAGCAGCUUCAUCGAGGAGGAGCACCAGACCUGGUACUUCCUCGUCAACACGCUGUGUGUGGCUCUGUGCCACGAAAUCUACAGAGGCUGCUUCCUGGGAGACGGCGGCGCGCCUCAGCCUUGCCCACACGCGGGAGGGGAGUUUGACGGGGUCGCGGUGGCCCCACGGGGCAAGAGUGCUGGCCCUGACGUGUGGGAACGCGACAGAGCGUCCAAGGACCCGUCUCCCCUGGACGCCCUCAGAGGCCCUGAGAGGUGGAUGGUGCUGGCGAGCCCCUGGCUGAUCCUGACCUGCUGCCGGCUGCUGCGGUCCCUGAACCAGACGGGCGUGCAGGGAGCCCACCGGCCUGACCUGGGCCACUGGCUCACCAGCUCUGAUCAUAAGACGGAACUCUCUGUUCUGGCCGCACUUUCCCUCAUCAUGAUUUUUGUGUUGGUUCAGAAGAGGUGCUCCCUGGCAUCAAAAGUGGCCGUGGCGUUUGGCCUGCUGGGCGUCUAUUGCUACAGGGCCGCCAUUGGAAAUGUGCUGUUCCCGUGGCAACAAGACAACAAGGACAUUUCAAAGGGCAUUACCGAAGCUCGUUUUGUUUAUGUCUUUGUCCUUGGCAUUCUGUUCACGGGCACCAGAGACUUGCUUAAAUCUCAAAUCACUGCUGCAGACGUCACGGUCAAGACCAUGGGCCUCUGGGAGAUGUACAGUGGAUUCGUCCUCCUGGCGGCACUGCUCCUCAGACCCCACAACCUCCCCGUCCUGGCACUGAGCCUCGCGAUGCAGACCGUCCUGACCCGGUGCGUCUGGAGGCCCCUGCGGCACGCCGCCACCGAGGUCACCGUGAUGCAUUACUGGUUUGGUCAGGCCUUCUUCUACUUUCAGCUGCAGCCUCCCCCCAAGGACCCCACUUUCAGUACCUGCCGUGGUCACCAGGACCCAGCAGCAGCGUCACAGCUGGGCUUCUGUGCAGACCCAGGGAGUGAACCGCACCUCCCUGGAGUCCGCCGCCCAUCGCAGGAAGGCGCCCUCUCUGACGACCAGACCGAAACGGCGGACCACGCGUCCUGUUCCUUUUGCUCCUCGUGGUGCUUUGCCACCAAGGACACAGCUUUUCGUACCUGUCGGAAGAAAUUUAGAAGGUCACAGGCGUCACGGAUGCGGGGAACGCAGAGCUCGUCCAGAAUUCCAGAGCACAAGCCGGGAGUGGGAAGACAACGAGGGGCCCGUGGAACGUGGCCCGAGGGAGCAGGGAGGAGCCAGGAGAGCCGCCCGAGCGCCUGUGCCGAGCGCGCCUGCGUCAGGGCUGUCCCGUCGGCUGGUCGGCGAAGCUCACGGUGGCCUCGGAGGACUGGGGGUCUCGCUGUGCAUUUCAGAAAUGUCCAGACGGCCCGUGUCGGUCUGUUUCCUCUCCUAAUCUGGACGUCGCGUGCAGGCCUGUUCCGGUGGUUGCCUCCUGUCUGGAGGUCCGUGAGCGAUGGUCACUCAGUCUCUGCCCGUGAGUGGCUUGGUAGGGAACGGGAACGCCAUCCCUUCGGAAGAUGGUCUCGUCCCUCUCCCUUCUCCGGGCUCCCCGGGGCCCAGCGGGACGGCAGGCGUGUCUGCUGGAUGCAGGACACGCCUCCCCGGGGGCGCACAGCCCCACGGCUCUGCGCGGGCGCCCUCCCGGCAGCACUCACGUGGUCCGCAAGCUGCCGUGUGUCCGCUGGCACAGCAGACCCUGCUGGCCUGAUCGGGGUGCCCACAGGCUCCCUCUGAACCGAGACGGUUAAGGCGGCAGCUGGUCAGGCAGCCUGAGCUGCCCGGCACGGAGGCCACAGCGUCGGGAAGACUGACCGCAGGCAACACCGGAGCGGGGAGGCCGCCUCUGACGGCCGAUUUGCUCCUCUGGGGCUCACGGCUUCCGCGACGCAGCUCAGGCACUGCCCGCGGGCAGCCAGGGCACCCGUGUCCAGUGGCCACGGAUGUCCCGCCGCGGGCGCCAUCAGACGUGCCGGAGGUCCCUCGGGAGCAAGGCCAGCACAGGUCGGCCCUCGCACAGCAGGCCCCACCGCAGUCGGACGAGGCGCAGGCCUGCAGGCUGAGGAGCGCAGCCCAGCCCCCCCGUCUCCCCUCCGCAGCCCUUCCCUGGGGCGGCUCCCUCUUCUCCGUCGGGUUUCCCGGCAGGAGCGCGCAGGUGUGCCGCCCCUCCCAGCCCUCAGCUCACCGACUCCUGUGCCCGGCGUCAGGAGCGUGGCGCCCAGCUGGCCUCCGCAGCCCUCCACGGGCCCCUGGGUCUCUGCCUGCCUCUGUCCCCACCCGCAUGGUGUCAGGACUGUGAGGCUCUGGGGAGUUAACGCAAGGAAAGCCCCGGAGCACGCGGGCCGCGCCUUCGGUCGACCCUCUCUGACGGCUGAAUCAGCUUCAGCAGGGCCUCCAGCAUCCUGCCUGGUGUUGGACCCACUUCUCCAUCCUCAGCCCGCCUCCCCUCGCGUGGCGUUCCGAGCGCCUCUUCUCCCCGCCUCCUCUCAGCAGCGCCGGGGUCUCCUCCAGCUCCAGGGAGGGUGUUGUGCAGGCAUGGGGAGAGCCCAGGCGGGUGUGGGCGGACGGGUUCAAGGGGAAGCUUCACGAAGGAGGUUACCGUCGAGGGACGGUGAGGACGGGCGUGAACGCACGGCUCUGGGAGGUUUGGGGUCUGCACCGCGACCCGGUGGCCUCCGGGAGCGGCACGCAGCCGGGGGAGGCGGUGGUGGGCUUCCCCAGCUGGACGUGUGUCCCAGGCCAUCGGGUGAAGAGCUUCUGAGGGGGCCUUCUCGGGGCUAGGACAGACAUGUAUGCUCUCAGACCCGUGAAUGUCGUGAGUGUCUCAGAAAAGGCCCCCAGUGUCAAUAAAGACUGAAAGCGGAGAGGGACCGCAGCUGGGAGCCCUUCCCGUGGAUUCAGAGCCCCGCCCUGCCUGGGAGAACGAGCUGCGCUGCUGCGGGCCAGGGUCUCGGGUCUGACGCGUGAGCCCGACAGCGGGCAGCCAGCCUGCCCUCCCUAACAGCAGUGUGGCAGCACUGCCCUCGGCCUCUCGGGCCACCUGCAGCCCUCAGACGGCGUCCCUGAGAAGGGAGGGAGGUGCGUCUGUCUCAAGUAAAUAGAUCUGGGGGUGUUUGGAAUUCUCCACAGUUCAUUAGCGGACUUACAUGCAUAGUUUCUCGAAGGUAAAAGACAUUUCACGUGCUCCUCCAGCCUGGGAGGGAGGCGGGCAGGUGGAGGGGUCGCGUGCGGGGCAGCCCCGGGACCAGGGCUGAGUGGGCAGCUGGGGCUGCCGCGUGUCCGGGUCACCGGGACCGGCUCGCACAGUCGCUGGCGGCUGUGGUACGAGACCAGCUGUGUCAGCACUGUUUCUCCCUGUGUCCAGGGAAACUCCAACAGCAUCGCCACCGUGGACAUCUCGGCAGGCUUCGUGGGCCUGGACGCCUACAUGGAGAUCCCAGCCGUGUUCCUGACGGCGUUUGCAACGUACUCAGGGCCUGUGCUGUGGGCCAGCCACCUGGUGAACUU